CGUUUCUCUUUCCCUCUCGUCUCACCCUUCGCGUUUUCUCUCUCUACUCUACCUCUUCAUUUUUCUAUUUUCUCUCUCUACUUUUCUCUUUUAUAUAUCUUCUCAUCAACCAAACACUUUUUCUCUCUCCUCCCUUAUUAUUAUUAUUAUUAUUAUAAUAGGCAAAGGCAGAGGCUAAGCCAACUGCUCUGCUCGCUAUUGUAAGCCCAAAGACAGCAUCUCGUUGCUUAGAUUUUCUAUGUCCCUUUAAAAUCUGAAACCAUUAUUAACCAAUGGACCAACACCAAGAAUCUAACCAGAACAGAAAACGUCCCCUCGACGACCCAGACUGUGACUCGCCCGAGUCUAAACUCAUCCGGGUUGCUUCCAAAUGUAAUUCGACUGAUCUCGGUGAAACUCACCUGGAUUCGGACGAUUCCGGUUUGAAAUCGUGUAAUAAUGGUGUUACUCUUGUUGACUCUGGUGUUAACUCGUCGGAUGCUAAGUGGAUCCAAGACGAUUUGCUUAACAUUCUUGAUGAGUCGGAUGAGUCAACUAUUCAAGGCCUUGACUCGUUGAUUAAAAGCUUUGAAGAAGAAAUCCUCGUUCCGGUUCCCGGUGCGGUUAUGGCGUAUGUAGCGGCUGGCGGAGGUGAGUGCCAGCCGGAUCUCGGCUACCUUCUGGAAGCCUCGGACGAUGAGCUUGGCUUGCCGCCGACGUUUUCCAGCGAGGAAAAGAACGGGGAAGUAGAUUUGGCUGCUGAAACGAGCGCAUCUAGCGCUGCAGGUUUCGGCGAAAUGUUAGGGCUCGAGGAAGAGAUACCGAGUUAUGACACGUUUGAGUUAGGACUAGCGGGUGCCUCGGGUGGCAACAGUUAUAACGGUAGCUAUAAUGAUAGCGGAGAUUUUGUGGCGUUAGGUGGUUUGUUUGACUGCUCGGAAGAAAACUAUGCUCCGGCAACCGAAGUAUCGGGUGUGCAGUGGCAGCCUGAGUCGCUUUCUGCCUUGUAGAAGAAAAAGUUGCUUGAUAUAUCCCGGAGUUUUGGCGGUUAACGAGACGUUUCGUACAAAUUCAUUGUCCACAGUGGUAGGUUGUAAAUUUGGAAGGCAGUAAAGGAAAUUGAAAGCGGAAAAAUUUUAUAUGUUA